UUUUUUAUAGGUUCUUAAAAUCUCCAGAUCAGUCAUUUUCCGGGUAGAUCUGCGGAUCCAUUACAAGCACGAUUAAACAUAUUACAUAAUAUCUCAAUCAUGGUCACAACAAGAUUAUUGUCCUAUGAUCUAUUGUCAUAAUGUAGACAAAUAAUAAUUGUAUUAUAUUAUGUCUAAAUGUCUAAUGGUCAUAACGUAGGAACAACAACUACAGAUACAUAUUUUUCAUAAGAAGUUAAUAAAUUGAUGUAACGUAUCCGGUCGAUUCGAACAUCACUUUGGUAAACAAAAUGUUUAUUGUCAGACAAAGUGGACAACGAUUACGUUGUUACUGCGGUACCGGUUUGUUUUUUUUCAAUUUAUUCGCCAGCUCUAUUCUACAGGCUACAAUUUUACUGACUAUAAUGGCUGGGUGGAACGAAAGUCAGCUACGAAAAUAUAACAUAAAAAUGGAAAAAAUACCUACCCUACAGUAUGACGAUCCGAAAGUAGAUUCUCUUCUCACCAAUAAUAAACCAGUAUUAAUCAAAGGAUCUAAAUUAGUUUCUCGUGUGCUAAAAUGGGAUUUGGAUUAUUUAACAGAGCACAUGAAUUCAACAUGCUGUAAUGUAUUAAUAUCCAAAAAUCAUAAAUUCAAGUAUUACGACCAAAAGAAAAUCACCCCUAAUAUGACAUUCAAACCAAUCAGUCGACCAAGUCCUAUGAUAUUUUCAGAAUUUGCUAAACAAAUAAAAGAUUGGAAAAAAGGAGACUCCAGAUUAUACAUGCAACAAGUAUUGAACAAUUCAAUUAGCCAACGUAUUGUUAAUGACUUUGUUAAGUUUAAUUGGGAUUGGAUUAUUUCAAAACAAAAUGUGUGUAAAUGGGGUUCUCUGACAUCUAAUCUGCUUCUAAUUGCACAAGAAGGUAAUGUUACUCCAUGCCAUUAUGAUGAGCAACAAAAUAUGUUUGCUAGCAUUCGAGGAUAUAAAAGAUUCAUUUUGUUUCCACCUAGUGAAUUUGAGUGUUUGUAUCCACAUCCAGUUCAUCAUCCUUAUGAUAGACAAAGUCAAGUAGAAUUUGAUAAUCCAGAUUAUAUAAAAUUUCCAAAAUUCAAAGAAGCUCGUGGAUAUGAAGUUAUAGUUGGACCUGAAGAUGUCUUAUACAUACCUAUGUAUUGGUUUCAUCAUGUUGAAUCACUGAUGCAUGGUGGCUAUACAGUUUCAAUAAACUUUUGGUUCAAAGUAAAUUAAUUUAAUUUUAAUUAUAUGUUAAGAAUGAAGGUAUGUGAAACAUAGGAACAUAAAUAAUUAACAGGUAGAAACAGGGAGUUUGUACUAAAAGUAUAAAAUAAAUGAAAGGUCAAGUUUUCAAUUUAUUUUGUGUGCAGGAUUUAUGCGAAAAAGGAGCAAAUAAAUCUUUAUGGAAAGGUUUCAGAUAAUAUGCUAAGUGCAAAGAAAUAAUUAUAAUUUUUUUUAGGCAGAAUCUGUUGAAAAAAUUGAGUAUCCUUUGCUAGACCACCAUAAAAUAGUUAUCAUGAGAAAUGUGGAGAAAAUGUUAGCUGAAGCAUUACACGAUCCAAGUGAAGUUGGAACUAUGCUGAAGACAAUUGUUUUAGGCCGA